AUCGUUGAUCAUUCAGGUUGCUAGGUAGCUUUGUCACGAACACAGCUGAAUCGUGACGGUCGCAAAGGCCUAGGGCCAGGGCACCGAGCUUGAGUGGAGCGUCUGAAACAACCUCAAUCCUCACCAUGCACGCCGCUGUCCGCCGCUCAGCUCGACUCGGCUCACCACUCAUCUCAACUCCUGCUCGAGCUGGACCUUCCAGACUGUCGCCUCCCAGCCGGUAUGUUUCAUCCUCGACAUAUCGUCCAGCUCCUGCGACUCAGUACUCACAAGAGGUGGACAAUCAUCUCCCUCCGCACCUCAUUCAAGGUAACACCACCGCCGAGGCUGUGCCUUCCCAAUUUGCCUGGCGUCGACCUUUGAUCUACCUUCCACCUCCCAUUCCCGACGAUGCGUAUCAAGAAGCAGACCCUCUUCAACGUGCUUUCUAUCCGACUUCGAGACUCUUAGAGUCGGUAUCAAUGAUAUCAAUGUGUCUGCGCCGGAAAGAACACAUCCCACGAGCUUAUCAGAUCUUCCAGACCAUUCUCAAAGACUUGGACAGUGGAUCUUCAGGUAUCCCAGACGCUCAAGUCUUUGGCAAGGUCGCUGAAGGUAUUGGAAGCUUGGCGGAAGGGGUGGACAUCGAAUUAUGGAAAUCAAGAACAAUGGCUAUCGUCCGAAGAUGGGAAACAUUGCACGGUUCAGAUCCUGAUGUACCGUAUCUCGGUCAAGGGGGUCUCAAAGUGUACGCCGGUUGGGUCACUGGUUGCAUACGCUCAAACUACUCACUCGAUGACUUCACACCUUAUCUCGCUAGCGAAGAAAUGCCAGUCGAGGACCUGAUCGCCGCUGUGCCAAUCGAGCACCGGGAGCAAGUCUUGAUCAGACUCUUAGAUCUUGCCAGGAAAAACGAUCUAAGGCGUACUGCCGAGACCAUGCAAGGCAUCUUGGACGAGUUCCAAGGUGUAUCUGACGAUAAAGAUCCAGUGCCAGAGUUGACACCGGUCAAACAGAACGCUUAUCGCGCUCCCGAUGCGGAGCGAGAAACCCCUCGACACGAAGUCACCAGUCUCCGCAGAACCCUCAAUUCGAUCGACGAUGUCCGUGAUCCUGUCAAGCGGCAAUACAGGCUCGAGUCAAUGGCGUAUCACAGUGUCAAAGACGACCUUCAAUCGUCAGCGGACAGCAUGGCGCCUUCUCUCGUGCGAGAUCUCAAGCUCAAAAGCCCUCAGCUUCAAUCAUGGAUGUACAAAUGGGUAGAGUUGCUCCAGAGCCACUUGGAAUCGGAGAUCAAGGACAUGGCAGUGCGGGUGGCAAAUGGGGAGAAAUCGUCAGAGAGACGGAGACCUGGUGGAGCGCAUCGACGGACAGUUGCGGAGCACGAGCUGUUGCUCUAUCUUCAGCUACUACCAGCUGAUCGAGUGGCCCUGAUCGCGGUGACGGAAGUCAUGCGCCUGGUGGGGAUGGGUUUCGGACCAGCCGGUACCAAAGCCAUCACGCUGAUGGUCGGCAUUGGCAAAGGAGUCGAGGCGGAAUUCCAAGCGGAAAUGAUCAGGUCGAAUUUCGGUUCAGAGUCCAAGACUUGGCUCAACCUACAAGAGCAAAUGAGGACACAGAAUAGACAAGCCAUCGCCAAAAAAUGGGAGUUCAUCGGCAAGAAGAUGCAGGAAGACGGUGUAGACGGUCUCUAUUCGACCUUUAAGGAUAUUUGGUCCCCAAAGUGGCCGGUCAAGGCUCACGUCGAUCUCGGAGGAUACCUCUUAAAUCACGUCGUGAAUAUCGCCAAGGUUAUGAGAUCGUCAGUCGACCCUGCUACUGGCGAGGAAGUAAUAGAGGAACAGCAGGCUUUCUCACAUGGCUAUGAGUACAUUCGGGGACACAAAUUGGGUAUUAUACAGACCAAUCCCGUUAUCAUGGACCGUUUAUCAACGGACAAAAUCAUGGCUCUGCUGCCUCCAAAGUAUCUACCGAUGCUCGUGCCACCUCGACCUUGGCAAGAUCACUCGGAGGGAGGCUAUUUGUUUCACAACACCCCCGUCAUGCGCCAUAAGGAGUCCGUUGAGCAAGCCGAAUACCUCAAAGCAGCUAUUCGGCGCCGUGAUGUUGAACCUGUCCUCCAGGGCCUCGACGUCCUGUCAUCAACGCCUUGGACUGUCAACAAACAGGUCUAUGAUGUAGUCUAUCAAGUCUGGCAAAGUGGCGAGCGACUAGCUGCCAUUCCACCUUCCGAAGGCGCUGGGGCAAAUCAACGGCCUGAACCUCCCAAGACCAACGAUCCAGCUGCCAAAGCUUCAUACAUGCUUGACCUACAAGCUGCGGUCCUACAAGAACGGAAGGAUCACGCGGAGCGAUGUCGGAUCAAUUACGCACUCGAAGUCGCCAGUAAAUUCCAGGGCGAGACUUUCUACCUCCCUCAUAACGUUGAUUUCCGAGGUCGAGCGUAUCCCAUUCCACCACAUCUCAGUCCCGUCGGCGAUGAUCUGAAUCGUGGAUUAUUGAAGUUUGCAAAGAAGAAGGCUUUGGGAGAGACUGGUCUCAAGUGGCUCAGAAUUCAUUGUUCCAACUUGUACGGUUUCGACAAGGCCAGUUUCGCGGAACGAGUCAAAUUUGCAGAGGACCACGAAGCGGAUAUCUUUGAUUCUGCCGAGAGGCCGUUGGAGGGCAAACGCUGGUGGCUGAAAGCUGAAGACCCUUGGCAAUGCCUUGCGACCUGUUUCGAGCUUCAUGCCGCUCUCAAGUCUCCGGACCCUACCGCCUUUGAGUCCAGCAUACCUGUUCAUCAAGACGGAACGUGUAAUGGAAUGCAACACUACGCCGCGCUCGGAGGUGAUGUCCGAGGAGCCAAAGCUGUCAAUCUGGAAAACGGAGAUCGACCUGCAGAUAUCUACACUCGAGUCGUGGAAAUCGUCAACCAUGUCAUCGAUCAAGACAAAGCGGCGGGCAACAAGGUAGCGCUCCUCAUCUCCGAACCGCUGUCUCGAAAGAUUGUCAAGCAGACUGUCAUGACAACAGUGUAUGGAGUCACGUUCAUUGGAGCCAGAGACCAGAUCGCCAAGCAGCUCAUCGAGAGAACCGACGUGGCUCGCGAUAGGGUAUACGACGUAUCUGCGUACAUUGCCAAAGUGGUCCUGUCCUGCAUCGGAGAUCUAUUCAGUGGCGCCAAAGACAUCCAAGAUUGGCUCACCAGCUCUGCACGCCUCAUUUCGCGAAGUAUUCCUCCGAACCGUCUCGAACAGGCCGCUAAACGACACAACUCUAGAUCGAAAGACGGUCUAAAUCUCCAACGCAAAGAGAUGAUGUCGUCUGUCAUCUGGACGACUCCAUUGAAUCUUCCCAUCGUUCAACCCUACCGAAAACCCAAAGCCAAGCAAGUCAUGACAGCUCUUCAGAGUGUCUACGUGACGGAUCCGACGCAAGCUAUGGAGGUUUCUGCUCAAAAGCAGGCUUCGGCUUUCCCGCCAAACUUUGUUCAUUCGCUCGAUGCCACGCACAUGUUCUUGACUGCUCUGGCUUGUGAUCGUGCCGGGAUCUCUUUUGCAUCGGUACAUGACUCUUAUUGGACCCAUGCGGCCACCGUCGAGGGAAUGGCCGAUUUGAUUCGUGACGCCUUUAUCAGUCUUCACAGUCAAGACUUGAUUGGCGAGCUGAGGAAGGAAUUCCUGCUGCGGUACGGAGAGAGCUACGUUCUGUUGAAAGAUGCCCGAACUCUACAUCAAAAUGUUCUCAAACGACGCAUAGAGGAAGAUCGUCGACGAGCCAAAGUCCGAGCAGCUAUGGAAAAGAUCAACACACGAUCUGACGACAAGAAAGCAGCCAGUAUGUCCAAGGACGAACAGAUGAUCAAGGAGGUCGUUACUGCCGCUCAGGACGUCAUGGAGCAGGGAGAAUUGAAACUCGCUGAACCGGCCAGUGAGGUUGAUCCCGAUCUCUCUCAUUCGGAUCAAGAUUCGAUUGUCAUAGAGGGUGUCUCAGAAUGGGAACAGACCAUCAAGCCUGGAAUCAAAGAAAUUGAUGGACAAGUCUACGUUCAGUUCAAGUAUCUACUUUGGGAGGCUCCUAGACGAGGACUGUUUGACGUGACGAGGAUCAAGGAGUCUGCCUACUUUUUCUCAUAGGCCGAAGAGUGGGAGGGAGGAAGGAAGGAGGACAAUUAGAGAAUCAGCAUUCCUGCACACCGCCCAAUCUGUACUGUUGUGUUACCAUCUCUCGUAGCAUCUUAGCCCUGCUCAUAGGACUCAUUCACUGCAUUACUGCAUUGCAUCGCUUUGUACUCCUCCUCCCUUGAGAUAGAGUGAUCAUCGUAAACCACAG